AGGGGGCGGGACCUCGACCGGUCGGAUCGCAGAGAAGCCCCCGAGAAAAGGGGCGGGGCAGAGGAAGGAGAGGAAACCUGUGGGCGGGUCCAAGUUGCCAUAGUAACCAGGCAACUGGGAAAGCGUGCAGUGUUCCGCGCGGUAACUGACUAGUAGGUUCGUGGUACUGGAGGCCCUGACGCCAUGAAUCACGACGAACGCUACGUUUUUCUUGCAGAAUGGUAUGACCCGAGCGCUUCCCUUCUGCGGAGGUAUGACCUGUUGUAUUACCCAUCGGAUGGCUCUGUUGAAAUGCAUGAUGUAAAGAAUCAUCGGGUGUUUCUGAAACGAACUCAAUAUGAGAAUAUACAUCUCCAGGAUUUAUUUAUUGGCAACAAAGUGACUAUCUUUUCCAGACAGCUGCAUCUGAUUGACUAUGGAGAUCAAUUCACAGCCCGCCAGUUGUGCAAUAGGAAAGAAAAAACCCUGGCAUUACUUAAACCAGAUGCAGUACCUCAUGUUGGAGAGAUCAUUGAUGUAAUAUAUAAGGCUGGAUUUCAAAUAAGUAAACUUAAGAUGAUGAUGCUAUCAAGGAAAGAAGCAACAGAUCUUUAUGUAGAUCAUCUAUCAAAGCCAUGCUAUAAUGACCUUAUCCAGUUUAUUACAGUUAGUCCUAUUAUUGCCAUGGAGAUUUUAGGAGAUGAGGCUAUCAGUGAAUGGAAGAAAUUAAUAGGACCUGCAAACCCUAGUAUGGCUCGAACAGAUUCUCCUGGAACCAUUAGAGCAAAAUUUGGAACAGAUUUGCUAAGAAAUACAGUUCAUGGUCCUGAUUGUUUUGCAACUGCUGCCAAGGAAUUGGAAUUAUUCUUUCCCUCCAGUGGAAGUGGUGGGCCGGCAGGUACUGCAAAAUUUACUAACUGUACUUGCUGUGUUAUUAAACCUCAUGCUAUUAAUGCAGGGCAAUUGGGAAAGAUUCUAAUUGCCAUUCGAGAUGAAGGCUUUGAAAUUUCAGCCAUGCAAAUGUUCCAUAUGGACCGAGUUAAUGUUGAAGAGUUUUAUGAAGUUUAUAAAGGAGUAGUAACUGACUUUAGUGACAUGGUGACAGAACUAUAUUCUGGUCCUUGUGUAGCAUUAGAAAUUCAACAACAUUGUACAAAGACAUUCCGUGAAUUCUGUGGGCCUGCUGAUCCUGAAAUAGCUCGUCAUCUCCGUCCUGGAACCCUCCGAGCCAUCUUUGGGAAGAGCAGAAUUCAGAAUGCUGUUCACUGUACUGAUCUGCCUGAGGAUGGUCUUUUAGAGGUCCAGUAUUUUUUCAAGAUUUUGGAAGAUUAGCAAUUUCAAAGAUGGAUCAGCAGACAACAUGGAACCUUGGAGACAAGAGCAAAGCACACACAUAAGUAAUGUGUUCAUUCAUUUAUUGUCCAUUGUUUUAACCUGACUGAAUACAAGACCAACAAGAGCACUGUACUCCUGGCAAUUAUUACAUAUGUUAGAACAUAGAUUUUGCACUUUAGACAACAUUUAACACCAGUCUAUGGGGUACUGUAGCAUUGCUUUUUAUAAAGUUCAAAAUAAAGAUUUAUUUUCAAACAA